AUGGGCUUGGAGUCGUCAACAAAAGUGGAGGGAGGAACAACGGCGGCCGUACCGACCGCGACCCAAUCGGACCAACAGUCAGUUCACGCCACACACUGUGUGGUUGGCGGAGCACAUGCCUUCAUACUUAGGAUAUCAAGUUUGUUCGGACUGGCGCCGCUGCGGUUUGAGUCCCACAGUAAUGGUUCCACGGUGUCAAUUUCCGUCGCGAUGUGUGUUUACAGUUACAUACUUGUAACUGCACUCGUGAUAUGUACAAUAUUUGGUCUCGUCGCUGAAAUAAAUGUGGGCGUGGAGCUGUCAGUGCGUAUGUCAUCGAAAACGUCACAGGUGGUGUCAGCAUGCGAUGUGUUGGUGGUGGUGCUGACGGCCGGCGCGGGAGUGUACGGCGCACCCAGACGCAUGAGGCAUAUGUUGAAGUUCAUGGAGAGUGUAGCUUCGGUAGACAACAGUAUAGGUGGUCAAUAUUCCGUGGUAUCAGAACGCAAGCUCUGCGUCAUAAUUCUCGCAAUACUGAUAUUCUUCUCCAUACUUGUUGCUGAUGACUUCACCUUCUACAUACUUCAGGCCAAACAACUGAAUAGAGAGUGGGAGGUUGUGGCAAACUACGUGGGUUUUUACCUCCUCUGGUAUAUAGUAAUGAUUCUGGGGCUACAAUUUGCAUUCACUGCACUAUCUGUGCGUGCCCGCUUUUCGGCUGUCAACGAUGCUCUUGCGCUCACAGCGAGAAAUGUGUCAAUACCCCUAGAGAAACCAAAGAACGCAUCGCCGUUAAACAUUUACGCUAUCAGAGUAACUCCGGUCGAUGCUCAGCGGUCAGCUAACGUCAGUCUGCUUAUGGACUCGAUGAUGACAGAACAUAUCGUCAUCAUUAAAAGAACAGCCAACGGUGAGCCUCGUCUCAUAGUAACUCCUUGUGACGCUGUUCGUAGGCUGGCAUUGCUUCACGGGACGUUAUGUGACGUUGUAAAACGUAUCGACGAUAGCUAUGCGCUCCCAUUAAUCGUGAUAGUCAUAUCUACGUUGCUGCAUCUCAUUGUCACACCAUACUUCUUGAUCAUGGAGAUAAUUGUGUCAACGAAUCGUGUGCAUUUCUUAGUACUUCAGUUCUUGUGGUGUGUCAUACACAUGCUACGAUUGCUUGUCGUAGUAGAACCUGGACAUUACACCAUUGUUGAGGGAAAGAGAACGGAAGGCUUAAUAUGCAGGUUGAUGACGUCUGCACCCUCCACCGGUGUACUACCUUCGAGGCUUGAGAUAUUUUCCCGCCAACUAUUGUUACAGUCAGUCAGCUACGCGCCGAUGGGCAUGUGCACAUUAAGCAGACCUCUGAUGGCCUCUGUACUGGGAGCGGUGACGACAUACUUGGUGAUACUUAUACAAUUCCAAAGGUACGACAACUGA